AUGGCAAACGGUUGGAGUCUUCUCGUCGGCCUCAUUGUCGUCGUUGCCGCUUCUUUGGGUGCCUGGUUCUUUAGUCCUAAGGGUGAGAACAGAACUGUCUGGCGAAGCGUCCUUAUCCUCUCUUUCGCGUCUUGUUACUUGAUGUGGGCAAUCGUCUUUCUCGCUCAGUUACACCCUCUCAUCUCACCGAAAAAGUCCGAUAUGCGUCCUGGCCGAGCACCCAAUUAA